GAAACCAUGACGGUCAGCUCUGUGGCAUGCCUCGGUCUGUAGCAGCUGACUUUUUGCAUGAAAGGACUGAACCUUCUAACGGAGAGCUCGCAGGGAGAUGCGGGGAUGUCCACCGACGCGGAAUGUCGCCUCGGCGCCAAACGUGGAUGCUAACUUUCUAAGCGGCAGAACGGCGGGCUGUGGAGGGUUUCUCACCCUGGCGGCGGCAGCCCUGCUUUGACCGAACAACAAGCAUCUUUCAGUGUCACCGCGCGGCAGCUGUCGCCUCCUCUCCGCCUCUCCGCCUCUCCGCAGCGUGUAGCUUUCCACUUCAGUGACAAGGUAGCUUCGAGGGUGGCCUGCCAGCUUCUGAACGACAUGACUGUGUGAUCUGAAUUCCUUUCAUCACGUGUGCCAAGAUGUGUGGGACCUUUACACACAGCUGUUCAACAAUGUCUGCGAACCCGCCGACGUGAACUACUUCCUCCACCUUUUCCGGAACCGAGUACUGUUGGUGUCUGCGGAUAUCAGUUUCCCUUCCGAUUGCAUUUCCUGGCUGUUGCUCAACUCUGCUAUGUAGCAACCGAUGACCUCUGCGCUCUCUGUGGAUAAGUCUGGCGUGGAUAAGACCUUCUCAGUGAUUGGUUUCUCCGUAUCCAAAAAAAGAAGAUCUUCGGCCUGAUUUCAGGCCUUUCUCGCUCCCUUCCCCCUGAGCUCCCCCAGUACCAUGCUGGGUGCAGUGCUGCGGAGGAACAUGUCCCAGAAGCUGAGCGUGCUGCUGGUGAUAUUUGGCCUGGCGUGGGGACUCAUGCUGCUGCGCUACACUGUCCAACAGCCUCGACAUCAAAGCAGCGCUGAGUUGCGCGGGCAGAUCCUGGAGCUGAGCCAGCGAUACGUCAAAGUCCUGACAGAAGAGUACCAGAAUGGGCUAGGUGGGCCACAGGGAACCUCUAUGGCUGGCUAUGCUGAUCUGAAGAGGACUAUAGCUGUGCUCCUGGACGAUAUUCUAACACGGCUGGUUAAACUAGAGGGGAAAAUUGAAUUGGUGGUCAAUGCUUCCUCUCCUAAUGCCUCCCACGCCGCAGGGGGAAUCCUCGCCUCUGCUCCCGCUGCUCUACAGAAAGCCUCAAAGCAGGAGACACCUGGCAGCCACCCAGGGACAUCACGCCUCCGCCCACACGUCUCCAAAAGGCAUCGACCACAUUAGGAAGGAAAGCCUCCUGAUGUAUUGAUCCGGAUUUAUUGUUCUGCACAUCCCACUUUUACAACCUUUACUACUGAUGUAGCAGCAUCAGAUUGAUGAAGAGCAAUAGCGAUGCCUAGUGACAUCCAGAAACUUCUCCGAUGGGUUGUGUCUCAGAAACGCUCAGGCAGUCCGGAGAAAAGAAGGACCUCUGCGAUCUCUGGCCUGUCAGAAGCUGAUAUUUAUUUUUGGUACAUAGACAAUCCAGCAAAUGUUUUUUAUAUUUUCAUUGCCAAAUUUAUUUUGCUUAAGUUUAGUUUAUCUCUCUUUCUUUACAAUGCUUGAAUCUCGUGACUGUUUAAGCAAAUGCUUUGAAAUGAACCUGUUUGCUUUGUCACAAAGCAGGCUUAAGAUGCUUCCCACCUCUAUUGUAAACAACUGGACAAUACUGCUUGAACCUAUCUAAAUGCUGAAUUUCAUUCUGCUCUCAUAGUAAAAUUAGGUGCAUUUCAGUUUUUUUAAGUACUAUAAGAGGUAGAAUCUCCUUUAGAAGUACAUUUAAUAAGGAAGAAUAAACUGUCAGUUGUUUGAGAUAAUCCAAAGAAUAUUGUUUGCACUCCAUCUUAAGGCAAUAUAAAUGUGUACUUGCUAUUGUUCGGAGGUUUGCGGAGAAUACGAAUGGACGAAUUGCUUUUGGAUACAGCGAUGAGUGUGUUCCUCUGUCCCAUGUGACAUCCAGUGGCUCCCUCACCCCAUGUAGGGAAAUAUUUCCAUUUCCAUGCUGACAGAACAGAUUGAAUGUAUCUUGCAGUCGGUCUUUAGCCUCGUUGUGCUGUUAAGAUGGCUGACCUACUGCUUACACAUGUUCAGGGUUCAUGUUGCACUGUGACUGGAGAUUUUCUAAAAAUACUGGGUUCAUUCAACUCGGACUUUAAGGACAUUUAAAGAGGGGUUGGACAUCGUGCUCUGGAAUAGCCUUCAUGUUGGUCUGAUACACCACCAUCUCCUCCAUCCAGAGUGGGAAAAUCUGUUUCUUGUAACUUUUUCCGGCCACGGAAAUGGAAAGCUGUUUCAUCGAAGUUAUUUUGAGAUUGUGUGAGGUAAAACUUUCUGUGGGUGGUAGACUAACUCUCAAAAGUGUAAAUAAAACACGAACCUUGGGUCAUCAUGUUACUCAUAGAGAUAUAACUGUGCUUUGGCCUCUGGACUGCUUUGAAUGAGGGAUGCCAAAAAUGUUCACCAUAAUGCUAACUCAGAAACUGAUGAGCCAGCCAGCUGCUUCGAGGUAGAUUUACUAAUGAACUACAGGAAAAAAAAUGUUUCUCUGUUUAAACUUUUCUGUCUCAACUAUCCUGUUUGUUAAAAGCCUUUGAUAUGUUAAAAGCUGCCUUACGCGGCAUCAAACCAACAUUGUGUUUGUGUAGUUUGCAAACCAAUUUGAGGUACAUUUCUCAACUUCUGGGCCAUAGUUGGCCACACAGUGGUGUAGUGGUUGGCACUCUUAUCUCAGAGUGAGAAUAUCUAGUUUGACUUACAGUUGAGGCCCUGUCUGUUUGAUUUGCAUGUGCCCUUCUGUGCAAAUGUGGAUUUUCUACAGACAGGUUUCCAUUCACAGUCCAACAAUGUGCAUUUCAGGUUAAUUGGGUAUCUGUGUGGUUUUUCUGUAAUGUACAGACACCGCAUCUUCAGCAACAGUCAGCAGGAAUCAGCUCCCAACAGAAGGUGCAUAGAAAGUUGUCCCCAUUUCGAUCAGUUUUAAUAUUUGAUGUUGCUUUUAUAGUGGUGCAUCAUUGAUAUAUAUUUAUUUUUUCUUCAAUAAGCACUACCUGUAAGACAAGAAGCGUUCUGAUUUCCUUCUUCUUUUAAAAUUCUGAAUAAACUGAAUAUAACUGUA